AUGGCUGGCUAUUGCGGAUGCAGUUGGAAAGAGCCUGGUAACUGGCAGACUCAGUAUCUCCCACAGGUCUCACUCAAAGCCCAUGCGACCAUCUUGUCCUCUGCAGCCCGUACAACUUUGACACAGACAUUUGUCAACCCGUCUAGUAGGGUCAUCAAAGAGAUAUCCUACAACUUCCCUCUUUACGAUGGUGUCAGUGUUGUCGGAUUUGAAUGCAAAGUUGGCUCUCGUCUCCUACACAGCGAGGUGAAGACCAAGUCACAAGCCAAUGCGGACUACCAAAAUGCAGUGGCUCAACAUCAGACUGCUGCUGUCAUGGACCACACCUCCAUGAAUGAUGUUUUUGUCAUUCGACUCGGGAACGUCCCUGCUCACGGGAAGAUCAAUAUGGACAUAACUUUCGUGGGAGAGUUGAAACAAGACUCUCAGACGGAUGGUAUUCGCUACACAUUACCAAGCAAGAUCGCUCCUCGCUAUGGAACUACAAUGUCUUACAGUCAACCCCAAUUAUCUUCACUUGGCGUGCCAGCCAACCUCCAAGGAAUGUCUAUUACCGUUGAUGUUCAGAUGAAGAAGGGUUUGGUCAUCCGAGAGCUGGAAUCCCCAAGCCACCGGGUCAAGGUCUCUCUCGGACGUGUGUCUUCUACACCAGAAACCUCUACCUUUGAACCGUCACAAGCAUCUGCCUCCGUGAUUCCCCAGCAGAAUAAUGCAGUGUUGCUGGAACAAGACUUUGUCGUUCUCAUCAAAGCGGAUGGGGUUGACACACCCUGCGCAUUGCUUGAAAGACACCCAACUAUUCCUAACCAACGAGCCCUGAUGGCAACUCUCGUGCCAAAAUUCAACCUCCGACCCGCCAGUCCUGAGCUGGUCUUUGUCAUUGACAGAAGUGGGAGUAUGCAGCCCAAAAUUCCAACCUUGAAAUCUGCACUCCAAGUUUUCCUGAAGUCUUUGCCUGUCGGUAUCUGCUUCAAUAUCUGCUCUUUUGGGAGCUACUAUUCAUUCAUGUGGCCAACCAGCCAGGUGUACGAUGCAUCUAGCUUAAAGCAGUCUUUGGCAUUUGUUGAUACCAUCGGCGCGAAUAUGGGUGGCACUGAGAUGAAACAAGCAGUCGUCGCCACUGUGGAAAAUCGACUAAAUUUCAAAGAUCUGGAUAUUUUGAUUCUCACUGACGGAGAGAUCUUUGACCAGGACCUUUUGUUCAACUUCAUCCGCGAAAAGGCUGCUGACAAUACUGCUCGGUUCUUCUCCCUUGGCAUUGGCGAAGCAGCAUCUCACUCUCUCAUUGAGGGAAUUGCAAGAGCUGGAAAUGGGUUCUGCCAAUCAGUUACGGAGUACGAAGAGCUCGAUCGCAAGAUCGUCCGCAUGCUCAAGGGUGCCCUGACUCCUCAUGUCUCCGACUACAAACUCGAAGUCGAAUACGAAACCGAGAUAGAGCCUGAGUUCGAGUUUGUGAGCGAUACCGAGAAUUUCACCGACUCCGAGGCUGAAGUCGAAGCGAAGGGUGCAGAUGGAGACCCCAUGGAAGAAGCAACCCGCAACUCAUCGCAGCUGAUCUCAUUGUACGACGAGAACUUCCAGGAUGUCGACAUGAAUGUUGAAGUCGAUGGGAAAGCAGCUGGAAAACUUCCCACUGUCACACCUCCGCGAGCAAUCCAAGCUCCCUACAAUAUCCCACCUCUGUACCCGUUCAUUAGGACAAAUGUCUUCCUUCUUAUGGACCCGCACUCCGAAAGAGUCCCCAAGUCCCUGAAGUUCACUUCUACUUCCAACGACGGUCCACUACAGCUGCGAAUCCCGAUCUGCGACAUCGGAACCGGUGAGACACUGCAUCAACUCGCUUCGCGGAAGGCCAUGAUCGAGCUCGAAGAGGGACAUGGCUGGCUCUCCCAUGCCAAGGAUGAGAAUGGAAACAAAUUCAAACGGUUCCACAAUGAGACAAAGCAGCGAAUUGCAGAGCGUGAAUGCCAGGACCUAGGAAUCAAGUUCCAGGUCACUGGGAAAUACUGUUCGUUUGUGGCAUUGGAAGAGUGCAGCUUGCCGUCCUCGGAACAACAGGCUGAACAGCUUAACGUCAAGGAGCAUGCUGUAGAGCAGAUUUCUCCAUUGAAACGGCCUAUUAGGUCCUCCUUGAGGGCUCCAAUAGCUAUGAUGGCUAUGAGGGCCACAAAUGCUCCAACCGCACGCACUGGCGGUGUACGUGGUGGUGGUCGGGACGGAGGUCGCGGCGGCUUCCAGCAAGUACAUCCCAUGGGUACGUCAGUUUAUGUUCCAGGUGGACCGCCAAUACGUAUGUCGCAGUAUGGCCCGACCCCGGCGUCCUCUGCAAUUGCUGGCCAGUUUCUCAGCUAUGAAGCACCGCCUUUUACACCCGUGGGAUCUGCAGUCUCGCAUCCUGUCCAUGGCUCAAGAUCAUCACCUACAUCUCCAAUGCUUCGUGACAUGAUACACGCCAAAAGGUCUCUAUUGGAGCAGACCCCUUCCCUCCCCAAGACUCCGGAGAUGAGAAUGCACGAGCUUAUUCAGCUGCAAACCUUUGAGGGCAGCUGGAUGUGGGACCAGGCACUCUUCGAGCUUUUGGGGCAUGACUCGAGCGCAAUAAAGAACAAAUUGGUUUCGCUGUACUCGAGGGCCAAUCGAACGACUGAAUACGGUUUCUCGCGUGACGAGCAGAGGGUUCAGGCAACCUUGCUUGCACUCGCAUGGCUAGUGAAGAAGCAGUCAAGAUCGAGGGGUGUUUGGGAACUUGUGCACGCCAAAGGUUCUGAGUGGGUUAGGCUCGAAUUGAGGAGGAUGCAGAAUCAUGGUUCGCCUGGGGCUUUUAUUGCAUCAAUCCAGAAUGAGAUUUUUGAUAUGAUCUAA